CCUCUCCUCCCUCCCUCUCUCAGGAGGUGGGGUACCAGCACGGUAAGACGUUGUUUGACGUGUGGCGGCGCAGUGGCGUGGUGGACAGCAUGCUCAAAGACCGCCACCAGGAGGAGUUCCACAAGACCAAGACGGGCCAUGUGGUCACCUGUCCCAACGCCUCCUUCACCGACCUGGCAGAGAUCGUGUCGAGAAUCGAACCCGUGAAGAACGCCUUGAUUGACGAGGAGCCGUCGGACGACAACCAGACGGACUACGACGACGAGGCCGUGGAAAGCGCUCUGUCUGACUUUGAGGCGUUCGCCGCAGGAAGCGAACACACAGAAGAGGAGACGGGAGACACGGUGGAGACCGACGAAGACGUUCACAGACGAGUUCGACGCCGGCAGAAGAACGCCCCUCAAAGACCGGGGCCAUGACGUCAUCAACGCCAUGACGUCAUCAACGCCAUGACAUCAUCAACGCCAUGACGUCAUUAGUUACCACGCUAACAUUAGUUACCACGCUAACAUUAGUUACCUCGCUAACAAGGUGAGCCUUCAAGGUCUCCUCAGACGAGACAUCGUGCUCUGCAAUGGUUCUUUGUCGUCAGUGUUUAUGACGGUUCUGUGUGUUUAACGGUUCUGCCGCAUUACGCUCCGAUGCAUGAAGCACCGUCUGUAACGUAACGUACGACAUGGUGCCGAGGACACGGACUGGACUUCUCUAGUCUCCACUCAACGCUCUUUAACACGACAUCGUCCACCCAUUCAUCAACAUGCACACGCUGAUGGGAGGAGCUACCAUGCACGGAGCCAUAGAAAUAUAUACAUAAAUAUAUAUAAAUUUACAUAUAUAAAUACAUAUAACAUGAUCAAAACACCAUGUUGGCUAAUGUUAGUGAUUUUGUGUUUGUUGCCUUUUUGAAAAACAUUAUUUGUUCAUUAGUUAGACUGAAUAAUGUAUUGAGACUGUUUUAUCUGAGUGGAGACGCUGCUGGGUAUUACUCACAGUGCAUUUACUACCUAGGCCUUCAAUGCCGUCUUACUACAGCCGAACAACCCAAUGUAAGAUUAGUUCACCAUGUAUUUAUGUAUGUACAUGUGUAUAUAUCAGAGAACCCAUCAGUGCUUGAGCCUGCUCUAUCCCCCCACCCCCCCACCCA